UUUAAACCCCAUAAUAAAAUGGCAAAAAGAAAAUAGAAAGAAGAGAAAACAGCAAAGAGCAAACGUCUUCUUCUUCUUCUCUCUUCCUCGCGUUUCAUCUCUCUCUCUUUUGUCCUCCUCCUUCCUCUUCACUUUCUGUAUCAUUUCAUACUUACAAUCGAACCCGAAACGUCUCUUCUUCCUUCUCUUUUUCUGUCUUUUUUUUAAACCAGAUUCUUGUUUCCUCGGCUCUUGUCUCCUUGAUGAUACCCUUGUCCUCAUUCCCACUCUCGACAAAUCCGAAAUCCCGACAAACCCAUUUCAUCUCCAUCUUCCAUUUUUAGGAAAAUAUAAUCUUUCGGGUCUUUUCAAUAAACCAAGACCCACCAAAACCGGCAUUCACACUCGCAAAUCUAAAAAAAAGUUGGAUACUUUUACGGUUUGAAUCUCGAGAAUUCUGUAAGAUUCACAGUCCCACCACCAGUUCUCCAAACUGAAGGUUUGUAAUGAAAUCCCAGAUGGGUUUCUGUCUGGUUUCACUGUCUUAUUAUUCUGUGUUUAUUUUUUUAAUUUUGUAAAUUGAUUCUUUUUUUUUUGGUUCACUCUGAUUGGUUCAUUGAAUCUGUUACUUGCUAUUAAAAACUGAUAGAUGAUGAUGGGGUUUGGUAUUUAAUGAUGUAUGGUGUUACCAGAUAUUCGAUUCAUUGUUUUUUUUUUGAGGAUGGAAGCAGAAACGUCUUGGACUCACUAUCCGUACAAUUACAUUACUACAUACGUCCCUGAAGCUGAAUCAUACUCUGAGCCUAGCGACGAUAAGACCAAAGGCCAAACCUUCUCGAUGGAUUCUCUCCUCCCCGACGAUCUACUUGAAAGAAUCUUAUCCUUUCUCCCUAUUGCAAGCAUCUUCAGAGCUGGCACGGUCUGCAAAAGAUGGAACGAGAUCGUAUCUUCUCGAAGAUUCUUAUGGAACUUCUCCAACAACAACAACAGCAACAACAACAACUCUGUUUCUCAGAGACCUUGGUACUUCAUGUUCACCAGCACCGAUGAUCCGUCCGGUUAUGCUUACGACCCGGUUAUCAAGAAAUGGUACACCUUUGAUCUCCCCUGCAUCGAGACUUCGAAUUGGUUUGUUGCUUCCUCUUGUGGACUGGUUUGUUUCAUGGACAACGACUGUAGAAACAAGAUCUACGUCUCCAACCCUAUCACCAAGCAAUGGAGGAGGCUCAUCGAACCGCCGGGUCACAGGGCUACAGACUACACGGCAUUGUCAACUUCAAUGAACAGAGCGAAACAGAGCUACUCUGUUUCGGUGGUGAAGUCGAAGCAAGUCCCUGGGAACUUCUUCCAGUGGGAGCUCUCUAUUCAUCUCUACAGCUCCGAAACUAUGACGUGGACAACGUCCUUAACCGAUGUGUUAACCGGAUGGAGAGGAGGAGACGAGAGUGUGAUCAUCGACAGCGUUCUCUACUUCUUGAUUUACUCUACGGGAGGCUCUGACCAUCGCCACGGCUUGAUUGCUUCUAACUUAUCAUCUUCUUCCACGUCAUCACUGAUGAGGAGUUUUGUCCCAAUGCCGUGUGCUUUAACCUGUGGGAGGUUGAUGAAUCUCAAGGAGAGGCUUGUGGUCGUUGGAGGGAUAGGGAAACACGAUAGGCCAGACAUCAUCAAAGGGAUUGGGAUAUGGUGUUUGAAAGAAGGAGGAGGAAGGAGAGAGUGGCAAGAGAUGGCGAGAAUGCCUCAGAGAUACUUUCAAGGGUUUGGUGAGUUGGACGAUGUGUUCGCUAGUAGUGGCAGUGAUGAUAUGGUUUACAUUCAGAGCUACGGUUCUCCUGCGCUUUUGACUUUUGACAUGAAGUUGAAGUGUUGGAAGUGGUCUCAGAAGUGUCCUGUCUCCAAGAAGUUCCCUCUUCAGCUCUUCACUGGGUUUAGCUUUGAGCCAAGACUUGAGAUCGCUCCUUAAGGCUAUUACUAGAUUUUGACCCGCGCUUGGAAGCGCGGAAUAUUUUACGAUGAAAAAUUUCACUAAUAAUAUAACAAAUAUUUUGGUAA